AAUUUUUCAGAAACCGAUAGUAUUAAAAAUCGAUAGUAUCGAUAUAUUGUUUAAAAAUUACCUUUUAAACACGCUUAACCCGGGAAUUGGUUUGAUAUUCUGUUUGUUUGCUGAGAUGGCUGACCAUUCUAGUUUAGUAACAAUGGAAAUGAUCAUCGAGCGAAGAAAACAAGUCAAGGCCGCAAAAGAAGCUCUUUUUUGGGGUUUGGCGAAUUUGCUUGCCAUGUUAACAAUUGUGUCCGAUAUUCUCACAGGAAUCUUCAGAUCUUAUAUGUCCUCUGCCUUUUCACAAGUUUUUUUUGGAAUAGAAAUAACAUUGACGUUGUUAUUCGGUGCCAAUGCUAUUUAUGACUUUUAUCUACACUCUUGGUUACGAAUUUGGAUGCAACCCAUCGAAGUAACCGCUGAACAAAAAAGAUUAUUCAGAAUUGCUGAUAAUGAAAUUGGUUUCAAAGAUUCAAAAUCAGCAGCAUCAUUUCGAGCUAAACUCUUGUCUAGAGUUAAAACAUCAUCGCCGAUGGCAUUUGCUUCACCUAAAUUCUCUAUUCUGUCUGACAAGGAUGUGUCAGCCACUCCACCUCUAAACUCUUCUUUCUUUACUUCGACACCAUGUAAUUUAAGCUUAGAUACAUCAUGGCAUCUUCUAAAUCCUGCAUCUGCUGACAAUUCCUUCAAUGAAAAUUCACUUAGACGACGUGCGACGGCAACUUUAUCUGACAGCAUCAAGGAUGAAACUAGUCUGAUGAGCUAUUUGAAAGAGUUCGAUGAGGUCGAAGAAAAGAUGACCCAAAUGAAUGUUGUAGAGCAACAAGCCUUACAAAAUCAAAGUCCGUUUUCUUUUCAAAAACCUAUGAUUGAUUUAACAAAUGUCAGCUACCAACCAUCUGACGAUUCAUCGCUUUUUAUUAACGCUGACCAAGACGAAAAUUUUUCAAAUGUUUUCAUGAAUACAGAAUCAGCAGACUCUAUUUGUAGCAGAUUGAAUAUACCACCUAAUAAACUAAGUAAAUGGGUAGACAAUAUUAAAAAUUGGAUAAACACAACAAUUCUGGCUGCUGUUGUCAAAGAUAUUGAAAAAAUCAACGAAACUUUGAUUAAAGCUGGUUUAGUUGAAUCUUUAAUUGGAGAGGUUGGAUUGUCUCAAGUUCGUCAACUUUCGACUCUUAAAUCAAAAGAAAUACCAACUCUAUCGACUAUUUUGGCAUAUUUAGAACUAUCUAUCCAUCAGGAAUAUUUAAUCAAAAGAUUACAAGAUUUAAAUAAACGGAAACUGGGCAACUUUGUUUGGAAUAGCGGUGCAUCUUUUAAAGGCAAAUCAUGGACAGAUGAAUGGCCUACAGACGCACACAUAAUAAUGCAUUGUUUCUGUACUUACAUGAAUUCAAAAUUGCCUUCUAACCCUAACUAUCCAGAAACCAAGGCCUUUACUGGACAAUAUUUUCGUGUUCUUGAAGGAGGUGUCGACAAAACAAAUAAGGUCCAAAUUCAUAUGUUACAAACUAAAAGUCACCCUCCUCAUUUUGAUGUCGUUGUUAAAGCCGAAGACGUGAUUGAUAUACCGAAAGGAAGAAACAACGUUUUUUAUGCCAUCAUAAUUUUUCUAUUUUUCAUCAAAACAAAACACUAUGGUUUUCUAGGACGUGUCAAUCUCGGACCUUCAGGCAUAAAUAUAUUAUGGACUAUCGAUUGAACAUUUUAUCCAUUUGAUCUCUCUUAUGUUCAGUUCAUGUUGUCUAUUUUCAUUUAUAUGAUAAUUAAAUAACUAAAUAAAUAUUUAUCCUUUCUCUACACCAGAA